CUCACAGUGACACUGAUCUGGUAACGCCCCCGUCCUGGCCUGACCCUGCCAUGGGCACCAGGCUCCUCUGCUGGGUGGUCCUGGGUUUCCUAGGGACAGAUCACACAGGUGCUGGAGUCUCCCAGUCCCCGAGGUACAAAGUCACGAAGAGGGGACAGGAUGUAGCUCUCAGGUGUGAUCCAAUUUCGGGUCAUGUAGCCCUUUAUUGGUACCGACGGACUCUGGGACAGGGGCCAGAGUUUCUGACUUACUUCCAGAAUGAUGCUCAACCAGACAAAUCAGGGCUGCCCAGUGAUCGCUUCUCUGCAGAGAGGCCUGAGGGAUCCGUCUCCACUCUGAAGAUCCAGCGAACAGAACAGGGGGACGCAGCCGUGUAUCUCUGUGCCAGCAGCUUAGCCACAGCGUGGCACGGUCGCCUCCUUCCUGUUCACAAACCUCGUCCUUCUCUCUCCUUGCAGCUACUAGAGACCCUUAGCAGAGGCCUCUCUUUCAUCCUCAUUUUUCAUGGGAAAGGAGUAGAUUUGGACAUCGGCUGUCCAUUAGGUAUCGCUGAACCAGUUCAUUAUUUACAAGUUCUCUUUCUUAGCAUGGACUAUUCAGAUACUGGAGUCAUUGGAAACAGAGAUGGCCAAGCAGCAACUCUAGGUUGUGAACCACUUACAGCUCCACUAUUCUUCUGUGGCAACAACAGACCCUGGAACAAGGACUAUUUUGCUCUGGAAACUAAGCAGCUUCACCCCAGUCAGGAAUGA